AUCGAGCAUUCAGUCUCCUUUCCGACAGCGUGCGGUGUUAAGCUCCCGGUCCCGAUAGUCCCGGUGUGUUAACUGCAAUUAGCAGUGAAUUAGCGGUCGGUUGACGACGCGAGGCGCGAUAUGCCGCGUUACCCACUGUUAUCGCGCAAAUUGUGAGGGAUAUAUCGCAGAUGUAUCUACGGCAACGUAAAGAGAGAAUAUUCGCCUAUCCGUCCGUCGUGCUAAUCGAUGAGGCGCACUUGUGUCGCGUCGAGUUUCGAGGUCUUCCAUCGAGAUUUCGCGAUACGUUCGCGAUGUACGUCAGACGUCAUCUGUCGGGCCCGCAAUAACGGCGACGUAUAAGGAAGGAGCCAGCCUCGGAAAAAGACUCGAGUUUAUUCAUCGCGUAUGCAUGUCGAGAACAAAACCCUGCCUGUCUCUCUCGACGUGGAAGUCAUAUUUUACCUCUCUCCUUCUUUCCGCCAUGCUCCGUCUCUAGCUUAUCUUACCCUUCCCACUUCCUCGUAACGACGAGUCUUAUCUCUCGUGCGAUCUUUUUCGCUUUCUUUUUCCCUUCGCCUUCGAGACUUUUUUAAUCUUGCUUGUUCUUAUUGUCACGUAUGGUUCGCGAACCGGUGUUCAUCGUUCAUUUCUCAUUUAACUGUGCAUAAGUGUAUACGUACAGAGUGCUACUCCGACAACUACACAGACGACAAAAAUAACUAUCACCAGCAUUGACGAUAUUGGUUAUGCGACACAUUUAAGGAAAUGUGUUUUGACGCCAGCCACGAAGGGUAAUUUUGUUUGGUAUCAUUGUAUUUAAAAGGUGCUUCAACGAUUAGAAAUAUUUCAAAAUUCUUCCAAUCAUGCCGAUGGAAUUUUUAGACCGAUUACCGGUUCCGAACCUCCGGUUAUACACCACCAUAAGCUUCGCCAUAUUAUCCUGUUCUAUAUAUUAUGCCACUCAAAUAAUCAAGGAUCCUGCUUGGAGAACGAAUCACACGCAUAUCGAUGCUAUAACCAGAGAUGAAAUCAAUCCGACGGAUCCGAGAAGUCUUGGCAUGCAUUUCAAAGAACUUUUAGAAUGUAUGGUUGAUGAACCUGUCUGCAUAUGGACUUUGAUCAACAUGGCUUAUUGUGUGUUGAUUCUUCUUGGCAAAUCUAUUCAGAAGCUUGUGUUUGGCGAACUACGUGUUUCGGAAAGACAACAUUUGAAGGAUAAAUUUUGGAAUUUUGUUUUUUACAAAUUUAUUUUUGUUUUUGGCGUUUUGAAUGUACAAUACAUGGAUGAGGUCGUACUCUGGUGGGCAUGGUUUACGGCACUCGGCUUUCUGAGUCUUCUUAGUCAGCUUUGCAAGGACCGAUUUGAAUACUUAUCUUUUUCACCUACCACACCAGGAUGGAGUCAUGCACGACUUCUCGGAUUAUUGGCGGCAAUUCUUGCUCUAUCUUCAUUCAUGCUUCUAUUAUGUACUGCAGCAGUCUUUUUCUUCAUAUCUUUCAACACUUUUGCUUUUAUGGCAGCUGAGUGCAUCCUGCUUGGAGUACGUACUAUUCAUGUGAUGCUACGUUAUGUAAUUCAUUUGUAUGAUACACGUGGCGCUGGUACUUCAGCACAACGCUCCUGGGAUAAACGUGGUCCUUUGACUUACUAUACGGAUUUAAUUUCGGAAUUGAUUGUGUUGGCAGUCGACUUUCUUCAUCAUUGUCACAUGCUUUUAUGGAGUAACAUUUUUCUGAGCAUGGCAUCAUUAGUGAUUUGUAUGCAACUUAGAUAUCUAUUUUACGAGAUACAACGGAGAAUCACGAAGCACAGGAAUUAUUUAGCUGUAUUAAAUCAUAUGGAGCAAAAUUAUCCAAUGGCUUCGCAAGAUGAAUUAGCCGAGAACUCUGAUAAUUGUGCGAUAUGUUGGGAAAAAAUGGAAAGCGCUCGUAAGUUACCCUGCGCACACUUGUUUCACAAUUCGUGCUUACAAUCCUGGUUAGAACAGGACACAUCGUGUCCCACUUGCCGAUUGGCCUUGAGUAUGCAAGCAAAUCAUAGGGAGAAUACUCCGGAAAUACCACCUGAACCACAGACGCCUACAAGAAGAAAUGGCAAUCAUUUUUUUCUCUUUCUCGACGGCUCAAGAUAUGUAUCUUGGUUACCUAGUUUUUCCGUCGAAGUCUCACAUAACAGACUACGUGGUAACAUCUCUACAUUGGCACAUACUAAUUCUCAGAUGGACGCUAUGGCAAGACAGGUUCAGCAACUUUUCCCUCAUUAUCCUCGCAAUGUGAUUCUGGAAGAUCUUAGAAUGACUCGAUCAAUCGAAUGGACAAUUGAAAAUAUACUUGAUGGAGUAUUAACUAUACCGCAUCAUGUAAUCGAAGAACCACAAGCAGAAUCCGUCCCACAGACGCAAAUGAGCAUGACAAAUAUUAUGCCUAGUUCUUCAGUCCAAAAUUCGUCGGAUCCUAGAUUCGAUAUUCCAUUUGCUGAUAGUGGAGAAGAACCUUCCAAUCUUGGUGGACGUUUCUCGAAAUCCUCUGCUGAAAGAGAACUUAUACUUCAACGACGAAAAGAACAUAUGCGAUUAACAGCACGUAGAAGAUAUCUAGAGAAGCAUCGGAAAUCUGAAAUUGAAUCGACAAAUUUAUAGAUAAUGAAUAUUGAAAAUAUUAUAUCUUAAAUAAAAUAAAAGCAGCCAUAUAAGAUUUGUUAUAUUAUUUUGAAUUUAGUUCAGUUUAGAGUGUUUUAUAGUUGAUGUAAAAUUGGCAGGCUGCAAAUUUUUUCUUUUCAGAUAAACAAGAUUAUAGACAACAUAUGUACUCUUUGCUGAUGACUGAUCAUUAAAUACAGCAAGAGUGUAAUGAAAAAUGUUUUGCGUAUUUAACAAUUAGUGCUCUUAAUGUUCCAAAAAAAAAAAAGAAAAAAAAGAAACGGCAAGUUAAAGUCACAAUCAAGAGAUUAGGCAUGACAAUUUUGCUAAGAAUAUCGAGAGGUUGUGAAUGAUAUACUCAUAAACGAUUAUUAACAUUGUGCUAACCACUCAAUGUUGUAGUGAUGAAAAAUCUACAAUGAGUCAAAUAAAUUAGAGGAUGAAAGAUUAAGAUUUUUACGCAAUCUUACUUAAACACCAUACCAUUGGUGAAACUUACUAAUGCCUACAGUGAUGUAUAAUACAUACAGUUUAGAAAAUAAAUUGUUAGAAGAUACAGUUAAUCUUAUUAAGGGCUCUUUGAUAAAGCUUAUAUAAGUUGCAUUGUCAUUCACUUUUGAACAGAUUAAAAUCUUAUUUUAAAUUA